AUGGAAGAGCUACAGUUCUUUAACGUUUUCAAUUACUGUUUCGUGUCGCCUACUUAUCUGCACUUCGAACACCAGACCGGGCGUUACAUUUUUCGCUCCCGAAAUGUCUGUUGGAACGUAACGCUGCUAACCGUAACCGUGGCGAGCAGUUUAGUUUCUGCCAUUAUAAUAAUAGUGGACCUACAGGAUAAGCUAGACAACGUUAUGGGAGCAACCACCAUCAUCCACCAUGCGAUGCGGCUCUUAGUAUUGGUACCACUUAUACUGUGGGCAUUGGUUUACAGCCGCAAGCUGGUGAACGAUUGUACCAUCGCGUUGAGAAUUGUACAAGAAAAGCGUACACUCCUCCAUCGAACGCCAGACCGGCGAAACGUGUUCAAACUGUUCUGGCUUCAGAUCUCUAUUAUCGCCGUGGUACUCUUCCUUGGACUUGUCAUUCAAAGUGCCACCGUGUGGCAAAUCGAACGCCUACGACAAUUUCACUACAUAUACAACCUAUGGGCAUUCGCAUUUCUGGGCUUCGUCACUCGGAUGCAUCUGAUGCUUGCCCAGUGCUGGGCGCUUUUUAUUGGCCACCAUGUCGAGGAACUAGUGUGGCUAUUGGAAGUCGACCAAUCACCAGCAAUGCUCAAGCAGGUGAUUACCCUCUGGGAUGAUUUGCAGUACUUCAAACAGCGCAUUGUGUCCACCUUCGGCAUCAUUAACGUUCUUCAUACGUUGGAUGCAAUGUUAACGUGCGCCGUCGAUACCUACACCACCUUCUAUGUCUAUGAGUUGGGUUUGGGGUUGAGAGGCGCGUUCUUAAACCUCGUAACAAUGUUUCUAUACGCCGGAACGUUUUACGCAUUUGCAUAUGCCCAUGAUUUGCUUCAGAGUAAGUUUCUUCAGAGUAUCUAA